AUUAAUAUUGACCAGAGUUCUCAACUGUAUGGUGAAUAUUGGUCAUAGAUUUGCGUAAUGUCCAGCCUUCUUAAUCGAACCACUACCUGAAAACGAGUGCUUAUUUAUGUACAUCCUAUGAGGUAAGUGGAAUCUUAUAAUACGUUGGGGAAAAGAAUAUCUGUCAAGAACAACCUCGAUAUGCCGAGUGUUAUCGUAGACCGUUCGCUCCUUUAUUUUAUAAUCGCAUUUUCUUUCAUUGAAAAGCUGAAUCUAGCUAUUUACCGCCAUAUCAGGAGAAACAAAAAAAACUAUUCGGCUUAAUUGUACCUCCUAAAGAAAUAUGUAAGACCAAGAUAUAUAUUGAAUUUAGUUAUUUGUGAUGAAACUUGUCUCCUGUUCGCCUUACUGAUUUCCUGACUAUUGGUCUCCUGACGUGAAAUAUCUUAUCUUACGGUAAAAUGUGGGCAAAGCACUAUUAUCCAUGGCUCUUUCAGCCAAUUUUAGCUCAGAAGGAAAUAAAGCAGCAAGGAAUAGCAGAAACAGAUAGCAAUCCCUUAUACGGAAGUAAAUAUGAUUACAAAUUCUGAGAAAAAUAUUUUAUUUUCGAGAAAUACCCACUUCCGUUUUCGAUCUUGAUUCGAGUAAAUAGUUUAGGUAGCCCAGCUAAAACUUUAAAUUUUUAUCUCCAUGUUACCGUUACAAUGUGUCAUUUUCUGAAGAAUUUAUUCAGUGUCGGGUGCGGUUUGUCAGUUGUGGCGUUCACUGGCUGUACACAAACUGAACGUGACUGUGAACGGUUUUAAAAAAAUACAUCCGCUUGACGUAACUUUCUUUGACUGCGAAACAUUUACGUGUUUCAUCGUGACUUAAUGCCCAGCAGUGAGCAGUUUUCACAGAGCUUCCACCGAAAGUUUCUUUCAAACUUCUUGAAAGUAUCAGAUAUGUUUGUUUAAAAAUGUCAAGCGAUUGCAAAGAUUAAUUUAAUUCUUCAAUGGGAAAAACUCUCAGAGCUUAUGCACACAUUAACAUCGUUCAAACCAAAUCAGACCAUUCUUGCUACAUUUAAUCAGCAUCAAGAGAUAACAUACAUAUUCGUCUGUUUUUUUCAUUGUUUGAAAGAUUCGUGUUUGCCGAUGACAUCUUCUCUCCUCUCUAUCAGCCGGUGUGAAAAAAAAUUAGUGAGCAAGUAAGUACAGUUUUAAAUGCACUCGCCCUGCGUUAGUCACGCAACGCGUCACGUUACGUGUCCUAAGUAUGGCCGCAAAGGAGACUAACUUUACGCUAUUAGGAAUUCACAACAAGUCAAAACAGAUCAGCACCACAGUAUUAAUUCAUUGAAGCAGCCGUGUUCUCCUUUUAUUUUUCUUCUGACGUUGCCAACCUAGCUUUUCUAAUCUAGCAAAUUAUAUUUCACUUUACAGAAGCAGGAAUUAACCCUGGCAUUCAGGAUGAAGGGAUUGAAGUUAUUUUUAAUUCUCCUAUCAUGGCUUCAUUGUAAAAUAAUCCAUGGUAAGUUACUUCAUCGUUUUAACCUGAAUCGUCAACCAAUUAGGUCAAUUCUCGUUGCAAAGUGUCUUUUGGUAACUGCACUGAUUCACUGUGUUAUUUACAAACCUUUAUUGAGGAAAGGAAUUUUUAAGAGCACACCUGCACAAUAAGGAGGCUUAGUGUAGUAAUCUUUAACUAUCGUAAAUGAAGUGAUUAAAAAUUAAUCAGUAUAACGCCCUUUCUAUUGGUUUACUGGCGUGAUAACCCGCGCGGGAUGUUGAGAGAACUCUUAUUAUAUGUGUUGUACUUCUAUAUAGGUUUACCAGUCCAAUAAACGAUAGCGUUUUGACCGAUCAGGCCUCUCGUCGUAUCUCGGGUAUUAUAAAUCGCAAUUAGUCGUUGCAAUGUAUUCGCGUGAAAUACUCAUUAGUUUAAUUAAACGUGAAAUUCGAUAACUACUCUUUCUUGAGAGUAGAUAAGCUCUUUGUAUACACCUUACACAAGCGAUUAACAUAUCGACAACAAUUUCAUUUGGUUUAGCGACUUUUUGUGGGGAAGUUUUACUCCCACAUGCAGAACUGUUCGAUUUGAUCUGGCGGAUUGGAAUUUCAUUUGUUUUUCUCUACUGUACUGCUUCCCAUUCAUCAGUUGUCUUGUGGAAUUUUUUAACUAGCUAUUCUCCUCUCCUCGCAGCGUGUGAAGGGCCAUGCUUGUACUAUAGCAUUGGGAAUACCAUAAAUAGUAUCAACCUGUUCGCUAGGAAAACCGCUUCUAGCGUUGUAGUGCAAGAUAUUGGAAAGGUCAUUGUCAUUGCAAUGGACGUAGGGGACAAUUAUAUUUAUUGGAGUGACUUUUGGGGUGGUACCAUCAAAAGAAUGGAUCUUCAGACGAACAUAAAAGAAAAUGUGACGAAAGGCGUCGGUAAAGUGGGAGGAAUAGCUAUAGACUGGAUUAGCAAAGACAUAUUUUGGACGGACACAAGAAACAACCGAAUAGAAAUGGCGAAGGUUGACGGAAGUGACAGAAAGAUACUGUUUGACCGAGACAUUGACAAGCCUCGAGGUAUCGCAGUUGAUUCGGUCAAUGGGUGAGUAGGGAGAAGUCAUAUGUACUUUAAGUAUUGAAAUCACAACUCGCGAACUGAGAAGCUCGAUAUAACUAGGAAACGUCUAAUUUAGGACGUUUUUAUUUAUUUAACAUUUAUUUUUUUCUUUGUUACUUCUUUUUUUGUUCAACCACUUCCUUAAGCCAGGCUUCAGGGUGUAGUAUUGAGGACGUAAAAUCAGCCAAAGUGCACUUUUUUCAUUGGUGGUGAAUCACGUUUCUUUGUUACAUAUUUUGUACAAUUUGCUCUAAUGGCGUAAAAGAGUUGCUGUGCAAGUUGUCUCUUCGCAACCAAAUGGGCAAAAUAAUAAGGGAUCACUCGAUUCCCAAAGUGACACAUUUUUCCAGCAUGCCCUUGAAAUUUUGUUUAUUUUUUUAAUUGAAAAAAGAGAGUUCUAAUGAAACGGAGCUGUAACUGCCUCUCAGCAGGAUAGGUUAGCCAAUCGCCUUAAAAAUUAUUUGCUGACUAAACUGCUCCUCGUUAAAUAAUCAGGCCUUUUUUUUACAAUAUUAACACCUUGAAAUUUACUGUUGUUAAGAAGAUUAACACAGAAUUAAUGAAUCAAAUCUUACAGGUACAUUUUCUGGACAGUUUGGGGUUCAAAUCCUAAAAUUGAGAGAGCCACCUUAGACGGGAAGGAAAGGGUCACCAUUGUGGAAACGAGUUCCAGUUUCCCCUUGAAAUGGGUAAAUGGCGUAAUAGUAGACUUCGCUGAUUCAGAGAGCGUAAUUUAUUGGGUCGACGCUGGUCUGGGUGCGGUCGGCAGAGCUGAUCUGGACGGACGCAAUCGAAAACUAUCAAAAAAGAUAACUAACAGUCAACUGGUCGCUAUAGCACUUCACAACGGAACUGUCUACUUGUCUGAUAACAGAGCCAAAAAAAUUCGGCUGGUGGACAAAACAAGCCUAGAAUAUCUUGGAAAUCUCGACCUGUCUUUCCCUGAAAUACAUGGAAUUACUGUAUUAGACGGAUCAAGGCAACCUCUAAGUAAGUAGAAAUUGUUUGUUGCUCUUCCUACUCCAAUUUUUCAUUUCACCAUGAAUGAAACUUGAAACUAUAAACACCAUAAAUGAGACUUUAAUCUACUUUCAAGACAAAUUGAGUCGUAUACCAUAAAAUCCUCAGUGCGGAACAAUUUAAAUUUUUUUUCUUAUACAAUCAAUUCAGGAAAACGUGCUUUAAAUUUCCAUUUAGAAGAAUGUUUUAUGGUACACAUUUCAAAAAAGCCGCAGGAAAAUCAGCAAUACACCUUCAGUCACAAGUAUUAGAGGACUCUUUUAUUAGUAAAAAGGCACUCAAAGUCGAUGCAUAACUAUUUUUAUCUGAAAAUACAAAACGAAACAAACAUUUUUGAACCAUGAUUAUCACUGCAUUAUCCACAAAGUUAUUGGUUCACCAGUUUUAAAUAACCAAAUCAAAUCUCUUUUUUAGUAGAUCUGGUGGCUGUCAGUAUUACAUUGGAAAUGAAAAUGGAAGAGGUAUUCUAAUUUUCUUUUGAGGUACAUUUCAUCGUAACGCAAAGAAAAUCCUCUGACCCUCACCUUAUCUCCCGUUCCUGGCGAAAAAUUAAUGGUUGGUGCCUUUCGCUUUCGCUCGGACACAAUUGUCUGCCCUUUUGGACUUCUAUGAUACUGCUACAUGUAGCACUGGCUAUUUCAGCUAUAUAUGUUCACUGAACUAUCUGGAAUUUGCUUGGCUGUGGAGGGGUAAUCCAAAAGUCAUCACAUGAGAGGUCAUUCCCGGCUUUGUUAAGCAAUUGCAGCCUAAAUACCCCAGGCACGACCAGUUAGGCACAGUACUCCUAAGCAGAGUUCGUUAAGGUUGGGCAGUUAAGGAGUUUGCUGGCUGACUAAAGGUCGAAGUUUUAAUAUUACUAUAAGAUAAGUUUGAAGAUCCUACUCUUUAUUUUAAUGACUUAUUAAAAUGUACUAAAAUAUGUUCAUCAGUGGGAGGAAGAUAAAUUUAAACAAGCAGUCGUGAAAGGGAUAAGAGACUACUGCUAUGAGGAUACAUGCAGUUACAAAUCAAGGUAUUGCAAACGUUGUUUGUGGAAAUGAAAUGAUUUUCAUUUUGGUAUAUUAUCGUUGUAGUUUGGAAUUUUCUUGCUAUAUAGUGAUAUUUAUGGAAACCCAACAUGGGAGGGCAUGCCCAUCACAGCGAAAACACCAUUCAUAACUAGAAAAAAGGAAGCAUUCAAGCUAUUUCGCAUAUGGACGAAUUAAAGUGAUUGCCACACUUGACCAGGGGGCGGGGGGAACCCAACACAGUGACCAUGUGUACUUGACUGCUCUGACUCAGUGCACCUGAAUGUGGAGCUUGAAGAUAAAGCAGUGUGCAACCACUACAUGAUCAUUCUUUAGCCAAAGACGUGUAAAACAUUGUGAUAUCCUUUCCUUCUCAACAGAAACACAACCCUUGCAAAACAGUUAUGCAGCAUCUUUCCAAGUGAUUCCAACGCCAGUUCAGCUCAGAUCAGAGUCCUAAAGCAACCUGGAGGGUCUUCAGUGCUGAAUCAUACUGAAGUGGUUUUUUCACUUAUUCUUCAAACCCAAUCCAAUUCAUCCCGUAUGGUAAUUAAAAACAGCACUUUGGAUUAUAUUGUACAAAAGAGUGUCUACUAUAUCAGCAAACAUUUAGGUGGUUACAAGGUUAUAUAUGUAAAUUAUAACCCUCCGUCAUUCGAAAAAUUUUGUAAUUAUACGGAACCCCACAAGGAUAUCAAUGAAGAAGAGGUUGCGAAAGGAGCGUCGUCAAAAAAGGGAACCAUUGCUUUAACCAUUGCGAUAACAGCAGGAAUAAUCGUUAUCAUUAUCGCUGGCGUAUUCAUCAGGUACAAAAGGUAUGAAAUUAUUUUGAAUGCCUUUUUAUUUGAAUUAGCUAUUCAUCUGUUCAUACUACUCAGUCAAAUUCAAAAUUCAUAUCCCUAGGAUAUGAUUGUAGAUAAAUAUAACUUUUGUCUACGUUAGUGGACUUCACUUACUUAUAAAAUGAUAUCCUUAUGAUGAUCAGUGCCUCUGCAGUUCAAUUUCAACGGCUCCCUUUCUGUUUCAAUUCAUUUUUGUCUUGAAUUGAGUCAGUUUUAUAGUUUAUUUGAUUACUUGACUCGUAUUUAGCUUUGUUUACUUCCAGGCGGGAUAAUGGUGCAAAUGUGUGUGAUGGGCAAGCCCAAGGGAUGCAUAAUGUGGUACACGAUAGGGACCGAGGUCAAGAGCCUGAGGAUGAUGUAGUUGUUGGCAACAUAAAUGAUGACAGAAACCAUAUGGAGAUGACGGUGCAGCCUCAGGUGAACGAUAGUGAAGUGCAGGGUCAUAUCGAUCCUGGAAACAACAGAAUCCAUCGCAUAAACACAGGAAAGAAAUUUGACAACAACUCACGUCCAGACUUGUCGAGUAAUAUAAAUUGUGCGAUAUACGAGAACCCCUUAAAUGAGAAGACAGACGGAGCAAAUCGGAAUACUAUUGCGAAAGAAAAGCAUUCACCCUUCCCUAACACAAAACGUGGAGCUGAAGAAAACGAUGAUGGUUGUGGCGCAUCUGGUGUUAAUAGACCAGUUCAAUGCACGGACGAUGUAAACCCGAAGGAUGUAUAACUAACUUCUAACUUUUCAAGAAAUGGUUCUUAUGAAGACUGCCUGCGCUGCCAAAUUAAAUAGCAACCUAUUUGAUGGAGGCGUGUUCGAAACGUCUAUAUUUCCAUUGUGAUGUAGAAGUUGUUGUUGUAGCUAUUCAAUGCUACAAAUAAUUUGUAUUUCCAUUUUUUACCGUAAUUCUUGUUUUGAGAAUAGAUAAAUAUCAAUUAUGAAAAUAAUUUUAUACUAGGGAAAUGACUUGAAUCAGUUUGACCUGAGUUGGCCUUCAAUGAAUAUUGACACCUGAGUGCUAAUGUUUUUUGCUGUAUUUUUUCUGGUGUUAGACCAGAAAUUAUGUCGAUAACUGCAAGCUUCUGAAACCAUUUUUUAAAGCAAGGCGUAUUUAAAGCUUUCCAGUGCAUUUUAUAAACUUUUCAUUCUUUAGAAGUGAUUAACGCGUAAUCAGACUUACUAUGAAAAAUCUGAUUGGUUAAGUUAGGCUGAAAUUUCCUUGAAUUUUAGGUCGAUCUUAACAGUUUGGCCUUUGUUACAAGUUGUAGGUUUAUGUAUAUACGUGCGCUGAAGGUGAUUCCUCAGUAUUGUACUGCGUAUACUGUACUACGCAUAAAAAUCACGUAAUCAGGCGAAUAAGCGUGCGCGCAUUCCGAGAACCUAACAGCUGACUUGACUUGAUCUCCAACAAACUCUUUCAUUUAGUUUGAAGGCUGCUCUUUUAUUGAUGACUCUGACCACCAAUUUCAAUGCGAAAUUCCAACUUCUCCGGAAAAGGCAGUGAAAACUAAUUUAAGUUUGAGAAACACGCUUUGUACGCGGACCAACCCCUUCAUUUUACGUUUGCCAUAUUUCUUUUUAAUCAUUUCACUAUCAAUCUCCUCACACCCUCUGUGAUAGCAUUUUACCGAUGGUGGGGCUUUACUUCACACAAGAUGUAUCAAGAUCGACAGGCAGACUUGAUUGGUAAAGAUGACGGUAUACUACUUUUGUUCUAUCAUUACCUUGAUAACCACAUCUCACCAAGCCAAAUAUCGCAUGUCUUGGAAAUCAUCCAACUAUUAAGUAGGCUACCUGAUGAGGGGUGGAAAGGAAAUUUAUUAUCAUCUAAAUCUUUGGGCACUUCUGGGUCUUUCUAUUCUGACUAGUGGCUUCCCUACACAAUAGUUAUCACGCAAACAUUGCCCUCUCAAAGUAUUUGAUAUAAAAAGUGUCUUUUUUACCUUAAGAAAUGACGUAUUUAUAUAAAUCUAUUUCCUACGAGUGCUUUUUAAAUGCAGCCACGUACCUUUGUCGCAACAUGACUGAGAAAUAAUGAUCAUAAUUGAUUCCUAAUAAUCACAAGACUUAUUCCAUUACAGUAUGCAUCGUAAAUUGUCUUCUUAGAAAACACACUUUCACUAAAACACAAGAAACAUAAAGUAACUAGUUAUAGUUAGUAAGAUCCUUUAUUGAAACAAGAUGAGAAUGAAAGCAAGAGAUACUUGAGGGGUUGUGUGUAACUAGGCUAAUUCCUAAGUAACCUACAAGUAAAAGUGGAUAAAAUAAAUCAAAUGAAUAAUCAGACUUUGAGUAAGUACAUGACAAUGCAAAAUGAACUUUUAUAAUUUAAGCAUAUGAUGUUACUACUACAACGAACGGGGAAUAGAGAAAAGGAAAGUGUAUGAGAAUCAAUCGGUAUUUAAAAUAGGUACUACCUCCGCCCUACGAUGCAAUCCCUUUUAAUGGACUUAUGAUUUGUGUCGUUGGAAGACAUAACAGUAUGAUGUGAAGAUGAGAAAAGCAUCAGUCAACAGAAAUGUAAGCGAGGUUGAAUCUAAAAUUCGUAUUAAAGUAAUGUUUACUUAAAGUGACACAAAUCUAUUGUUCAAUGUUGUUCAAUAUUACUCCGAAGAACCGAUUUCGAUCGCACUGGAAAUUUACAUCUACGUAAAACUUAAUUUUUCAACGCAAAAAAUAAAGUAAAAAAAGCCUUCAAUUGCUUUUCGAAAGAGUCUACCAAACUGUUUAUGUUGUCAUCCGCCAUUUUUUGGUGCUAUGCGGAUUACCGCAGUCCCAGAUCCUAGUCCCAGUCCCCCUCUCCUAAUUUUGCUGACACAUCAUAUUUCCUUCUAGAUCAGUAUUGACCAGAGUUCUCGACUGUAAGGUGAGUAUUGGUCAUAGAUUAUGGGUAGUGUCCAGCUUUCUCAAUCGAACCGCUACCUGAAAACGAGUGCCUUUAUAUAUAUAUUCUAUGAGGUAAGUGGAAUCUGAUAAUACGCUGUGGAAAAGAACAUCUGUUAAGAACAACCACGAUAUUAUCGUAGCCCGUUCGCUCUGUUAUUUCAUAACCGCAUUUUCUUGGUGGGUAUUGGUCAUAGAUUUGAGUAGUAUCCAGCUUUCUUAAUCGAACCACUACCUGAAAACGAGUGCCUAUAUAUGUGUAUUCUAUGAGGUAAGUGGAAUCUGAUAACACACUGUGGAAAAGAAUGUAAACAACCACAAUCUUAUCGUAAACCGCUCGCUCCUUUAUUUCGUAACCGCAUUUUCAUACAUCUAGCUAUUUGCCGCGAUUAUGUACAGAAACAAUAAAACAAAAUUUUCGGCUUAGGUGUACCUUUCAAUAGAAAUAUGUCAGACCAAGAUAUAUAAUAAAUUUAGUUAUUUGAGAUGAAAUCUGUCUCCUGUGCGCCUCACUGAUUUCCUGAUUAUUGGUCUCCUGACGUGAAAUAUCUUAUCUUACGGUAAAAUGUGGGCAAAGCUCUAUUAUCCAUGGCUCAUUUGUUCCUCUUCUCGCCAAUUUAAGCUCAGAAGAAAAUAAAGCAGUGAGGAAUAGCAGAAAGACAUAGCUACCCUUAUGCGGAAAUAAAUAUGAUUACAAAUUCUGAGAAUAAUAAUUUCCUUUUCGAGGAAUAGCCACUUCUGUUUUCGACCUUGAUUCGAGUUAUUAGUAUAGAUAGCCCAGCUAAAACUUUAAAUUGUUAUCUCCAUGUUACCGCUACGGUGAGUCAUUUUCUGAAGAAUCUAUUCAGUGUUGGGUACGGUUUCAUUACGGAAUCGCGCCCAUUAAAAAAAGUCGCACAGAAAAAAUGCAAAUAAGUUAGAAAAGAGAAAGAGAGAAUGCAUAACUUCACGCAGGCCUGUCAAUCCGUGUUCUCAAUUAUUGUUUCAUACUCAGACAACCGAAACGUAGCGCUAUUUAAGGAAGAAGAAUAGACUUAACUAGUAGCGUUAUCUUGAUUAGGCUCUAAAUAUAUUUAAGUUCAUACGGCAACCAGACAUGGUGGACAAUCAGACAUGGUUUGAUGCUACUCUGGUUUAAUGAUUUAACGAAUGUAACCGAAUAAGUUACAAUUCAUAGACCCAACGGGUAAAAUUUCCGCACAGCCCCAUACUACAUUAUGCAUUCAGUUCUUGGAUCUAGAAAACAAUGAAAAGAACAAUACAUUUCCAUUGGGAAAACAUAUUAGUUUUACAAUAGUAUGGGGCUGUGCGGAAAUUUUACCGACCUAACGUUUCGACACUCCUGUCUAGUGUUUUCAUCAGGGGUGAUCUAAACGCUGUAACAAGAGGUCCUUUUAUAUGAUCGCUAAUUAGCUGCCUUUUUUCUGACGAGGUGUAAAUAGCCGCCAUCGUCACGAUUUUAAAGGAGCGUGGCCGGAGUUAAUAUGCCAAGCCUUCAGACAAAGAAGUUGGUGGUAACGCCGAUUAGUGGUGAUAAAUUUAGAAUUAUUCCACCCAAUUGUAUGGUUAGUUAGGCAUGUGUGCUCUGAUAAAGCUGAAUUUUCCUUUUUGCAAAAGAAAACCGCUUUUUGAUGCUCUUUCAAACGUGUACAAACUGACGUUUUAGUCUGUCCGAUGUAUCCGUUGUCACAGUCGUUGCAAGGAAUAGAAUAAAUGGCGUCGGUUCGUUGUUCUUUCGUGACAGGAUCCUUAGGUUUGGCGAAAAUAUGCCCCUAAGGAUCCUAUCUUCUUGAAUGCGAUAUAUUUACGUGUUUCAUCGUAAUUAAAUGCCCAGCAGUCAGCAGUUUUUAAAAAAUUUUCACCGAAAGUUCCUUUCAAACUUCUUAAAAGUAUCAGAUAUGUUUGUUAAAAAAUGUCAAGCGAUUCAAAAAAUUAAUUUGGUUUCUCAGUGGAGAAACUCUCAAAGCUUGUGCAUACUCUAAUAUCGUUGGGUUGACUAUGCUGCUGAUCCGAUCGCCGGGCACGGUCUCGAAGGGACUAACUGCAGGGAAAUCAGAAAUUUUCACUAUUUCAAACCAGAUCAGACCAUUCUCGCUACACUUAACGAGCAUCAAGAGAUAACAUACAUAUUCGUCUGUUUUCUUCAUUGUUUGAAUGAUCCGUGUUUGCUGAUAACAUCUUCACUCCGCUCUAUAAGAGUGAAAACAAAUUAAUGAGCAAGUAUGCCCCGCGUCAGUCACGCAACGCGUCACGUGACGUAACCAAAUUAUGGCCGCAAAGGAGACUAACUUUACGUUAUUAGGAAUUCAUGACAAGUCAAAACAGAUCAGCACCGCAGUCUACAUUCUCUGAAGCAGUGGCGUUCUCCUUUUCCUUUUCUUUGACGUUGCCAAUCUAGCGUUUCUAAUCUAGCAAAUUAUAUUUCACUUUAGAGAAGCAGGAAUUAACCCUGGCAUUCAAUAUGGAGGGAUUGAAGUUUUGUCGGGCACGCUCUCGAAUGGACUAAAUGCCGGGAAGCCAGAAAUUUUCACCAUUUCAAAUCAAAUCAGUCCAUUCUUGCUACGUUUAACUGGCAUCAAGAGAUAACAUACAUAUUCGCCUGUUUUCUUAAUUGCUGUCGUUUUUUUUUUUAAUUUAAAUGCAAUUACCCUGCGUUAGUCACGCAACGCGUCACAUGACGCGAAUAGGAAUUCAUGAUAAGUCAAAACAACACAGCACCAUAGUCUACAAAUCUUUGAAGCAGCCGUGGUCUUCUUUUCUUUUUCUUUUGACGUUGCCAAUCUAGCUAAUCUAGCAAAUUAUAUUUCACUUUACAGAAGCAGGAAUUAACCCUGGCAUUCAGGAUGGAGAGAUUGAAGUUAUUUUUAAUUCUCCUGUUAUGGCGUCAUUGUAAAAUCAUCCAUGGUAAGUUACUUCAUCAUUUUAACCUGAAUUGUCAACUGAUUUAGUCAAUUCUCGUCGCAAAGUGUCUUUUGGUAACUGCACUGAUUCACUGUGUUAUUUACAAACCUUUAUGGAGGAAAGGAAAUUUUCAGAGCAUACCUGCACAAUAAGGAGGCUUAGCGUAGUAAUCGUUAACUAUCAUAAAUGAAGUGCUUGAAAAUGAAGCAAUACAACGCCCCUUCUAUUGGUUUACUGAAAACCUGGGCGGGAUGCUGAGAGAACUCUCGUUAAAUCUGUUGCACUUCUAUAUAGGUUUACCGGUCCAAUAAACGAUAGCGUUCUUGACCGAUCAGGCCUCUCGUCGUAUCUCGGUUAUUAUAAAUCGCCAUAAGUCGUAUUAUAUUUGCAUGAAAUACUCAGUAGUUUAAUUAAACGUGGAAAUCGAUAACUACUCUUUCUUGAGAGUAGAUAAGCUCUUUGUAUACACCUUGCGCAAGCGAUUUUCAUAUCGACGGCAAUUUCAUUGGGUUUAGCGACUUUUUGUGGAUAAGUUUUAUUCCCGCAUGCAGAACUGUUCGAUUUGAUCUGGCGGAUUGCAAUUUCAUUGGUUUUUCUCUACUGUACUGCUUCCCAUUCACUGGUUAUCUUGUGGAAUUUUUGAAUUAGCUAUUCUCCUCUCCUCACAGCGUGUGAAGAGCCAUGCUUGUACUAUAGCAUUGGGAAUACCAUAAAUGGUAUCAACCUGUCCGCUGGGAAAACCGCUUCUAGUGUUGUAGUGCAAGAUAUUGGACGGGUCUUUGCCAUUGCAGUGGAUGUAAAGGACAAUUACAUCUAUUGGAGUGACUUUGGGGGUGGUACCAUCAAAAGAAUGGAUCUUCAGACGAACAUAAAAGAAAAUGUGACGAAAGGCGUCGGUAGAGUGGAAGGAAUAGCCAUAGACUGGAUUAGCAAAGACAUAUUUUGGACGGACACGACAAACAACCGAAUAGAAAUGGCGAAGGUUGAUGGAAGUGACAGAAAAAUACUGUUUGACCGAGACAUUGACGAACUUCGAGGUAUAGCUGUUGAUUCGAUCAAUGGGUGAGUAAGGAGAAGUCAUAUGUACUUUAAGUGUUGAAACCACAACUCACGAACUGAGAAGUUCGAUAUAGCUAGUGUUCAAUUUUAGAUAGACCUUUUUUUAAUUCUUCUUCUUUGUUAUUUCUCUUUUUGUUUAUCUACUUACUUAAGACGGUGUUCUUAACACUUCAGGAUAUGGUAUUGCAGAUAUAAAAUCUACUAAAGUGCACUUUUCCCAAUGGUGGUGAAUCACGUUUCUUUGUUACAUGUUUUGUACAAUUUGCUCUAAUGGCGUAAGGGAGUUGCUGCGCAAGUCGCCUCUUCGGGAAACAAAUGAGGAAAAUAAAAACGGAUCACUCGACUCCCAACGUGAAAAGAGAACACUACUGGUAUGGAGCCGUAACUGCCUCUCAGCAGGAUAGGUCAGCCAAUCGCCUUAAAAACUAUUUGCUAACUGUACUGCUCCUCUUUAAAUAAUCAGGGCUUUUAGUACAAUAUUAACGCCUUGAAAUUAAUUGUUGUCAAGAGGAAUAACACAGAACUGACGAAACAAAUCCUACAGGUACAUUUUCUGGACAGAUUGGGGUUCAAGUCCUAAAAUUGAGAGAGCCACCUUAGACGGGAAGGAAAGGGUCAUCAUUGUGGAUACGAGUUCCAGUUUCCCCUUGAAAUGGGUAAAUGGCGUAAUAGUAGACUACGCUGAUUCAGAGAGCGUAAUUUAUUGGGUCGACGCUGGUCUGGGUGUGGUCGGCAGAGCUGAUCUGGACGGACGAAAUCGAAAACUAUCAAAAAAGAUAACUAACAGUCAACUGGUCGCUAUAGCACUUCACAACGGAACUGUCUACUUGUCUGAUAGCAGAGCCAAAAAAAUUCGGCUGGUGGACAAAACAAGCCUAGAAUAUCUUGGAAAUCUCGACCUGUCUUUCCCUGAAAUACAUGGAAUUACUGUAUUAGACGGAUCAAGGCAACCUCUGAGUAAGUAGAAAUUGUUUGUUGUUCUUCCUACUCCGAUUUUUUAAUUUAACCCUGUAUGAAACUUUAAACUAUAAACUUUAGUAGCCAAGAGGCACUCGAAGUCGGUACUCCACUAUUUUCUCUGAAAAUAAAAGAACGAAAGAAACAUUUUUGAACCAUCAAUUAUCACUGCAUUACCCACAAAGAUAUUGGUUCACCAGUUGUAAUUAGCCAAAUCAAAUUUCUUUUUAAAUAGAUCUGGUGGCUGUCAGUAUUACAUUGGAAAUGAAAAUGGAAGAGGUAUUCUAGUUUUCUUUUGAAGUACAUUUCAUCGUAACAAAAAAAAAUAUCCUCUGACCCUCACCCCCAUCUCCCGCCCCUGGCGAAUAAUUAAUGGCUGGUGUCUUUUGCUUUCGCUCGGACACAAUUGUCUGCUCUUUUGGACUUCUAUGAUACUGUUACAAGUAACACUGGCCAUUGCAGCUAAAUCUGUUCCUUGAACUAUCUGGAAUUUGUUUUGCUGCUGAAGGGUGAUCCAAACGUCAUCACAUGAGAGUUCAUUCCCAGCUUUUCUAAGCAGUUGUAGCCUAAAUACUCCAGGCACGGUCUGUUGGGCACAUAACUCCUAAGCAGAGUCCCUUAAGGUUGGGCAGUCAAGGGGUUUACUGAAUAAAGGUCGAAGUAUCGAUAUUACUAUAAGAUAAGUAGGUUGAAGAACCUACUCCUUUUUGUCUAUUUUAAUAACUUAUAAGAAUGUAUUAAAAUAUGUUCAUCAGUGGGAGGAAGAGAAAUUUAAACAAGCAGUCGUGAAAGGGAUAAAAGACUACUGCUUUGAGGAUACAUGCAGUUACAAAUCAAGGUAUUGCAAACACUGUUUGUGGAAAUGAAAUGAUUUCCGUUUUGGUAUAUUACCGUUAUAGUUUGAAAUUUUCUUGCCAUAUAGUAAUAUUUACGGAAACCCAACAUGGGAAGGCAUGCCCAUCAGAGCGAAAACGCCAUUGAUAAUUAGAAAAAAGGAAGCAUUAAAGCUAUUUCCCGUAUGGACGAAUUAAAGUGACUGCCUCACUUGACAAGGGGGCAGAGGUAACCCAACACUGUGACCAAGUGUGCUUGACUGCUCUGACUCAGUGCACCUGAAUGUGGAACUUGAAUAUAAAGCAAUGUGCAACCACCACAUGAUCACGCUUUAGCAUAAGGUAUUUAAAACAUCGUGAUUUCCUUUCCUUCUCGACAGAAACACAACCAUUGCAAAGCAGUUGUGCAGCAUCUUUCCAAAUGAUUCCAACACUAGUUCAGCUCAGAUCAGAGUCCUAAAGCAACCCGGAGAGUCUUCAGUUCUGAAUCAUACUGAAGUGGUUUUUUCACUCAUUCUUCGAACCCAAUCCAAUUCAUCCCGUAUGGUAAUUAAAAACAGCACUUUGGAUUAUAUCGUGCAAAAGAGUGUCUACUAUAUCAGCAAACAUUUAGGUGGUUACAAGGUUAUAUAUGUAAAUUGUAACCCUCCAUCAUUCGAAAAAUUUUGUAAUUAUACGGAACUCCCCAAGGAUAUCAAUGGAGAGGAGGUUGCGAAAGGAGUGUCGUCGAAAAAGGGAACCAUUGAUUCAAUAACAGCCGGAACAGUCACAAGUGGAAUAGUUAUCGUUAUCAUUAUCGCUUGCGUUAUCUGGUGCAAAAGGUAUGAAAUUAUUUUAAAUGCCUUUUUAUUUGAAUUAUUCAGUCAUUUCUCAUUCAUCUGUUCAUACUACUCAGUCAAAUUUGAAAUUCACUUCCUUAGGAAUUGAUUAUAGAUAAAUAUAGCUUUUGUCUACGUUAGUGGACUUCACUUACUUAUAAAAGAUAUCCUUAUAAUGAUCGGUGCCUCUGCAGUUCAAUUUCAACGGCUGUUUAAAUUCAUUUUUGUCUUGAAUUGAGUCAGUAGUAUAGUUUAUUUAAUUACUUGACUCAUAUUUAGCUCUGUUUACUUCUAGGCGGAGUAAUGGCGCAAAUGUAGGUAAUGAACAAGUCCAGGAGAUGAGUAAUGUGGAAUGCGGCGAUAGGGACCCAGGCCAAGAGCUACACUUUAGCCAAGAUGUAGCUGUCAAUAGCGAUAGUAAAGUGCAGGAUCAAAGCUAUUCUGGAAACAACAGAAUCCACGGUAAAAAUUUUAGCAAAGAUGACCAAAAUACAGGUAAAACAGGAAAGAAACUCGACAACAACUACUGUCUAGGUUUGUCGAAUAAUAGGAAUUCUGUAAAUAACUUUACAAUACAAGACGUAUACGUCCAUGCAGUUACCCUGCCCUAACACAAAACGUGGAGCUUAAGAAGCCGAUGAAGGUUGUGGCGCAUCUGGUGUUAAGUUACACAAUACCCACACGAUUUUAGGUUUUCCAUGUGUAUUCGUUACCAACUGAACAUAAGAUUAUCCCACAACUUUUUUAUUGCUCGGUUCUCUCCAGCACAUGUUUUUUUCUUACGUCAUAUGACAUCUACCAGGAUGUCCAGUCCUUUCCGCGCGAACGCCUGACACUUAACAUAAAUUCCUUUAGGAAACAACGUGAUUUCACUGCUCAACACUUCCCCCCUAACUUGAAAAAGAAAUGUCAUUAGUGACAUUUAGCAUGCGAUACAAAAUAUUCCUCUACAACAGUGGCUUGUGCAUUAGGAUUGUUCAACACAUAAAUCUUAGAGUGGGGUGAUCAGGCCGAGCCCCAUACAGACCACUAACUAUCACAGUUCAUCUGACCAUACGACUGUUCAUGAUUCUGUAUCACAAAGACCAUCUCUGGAUAGUUCUCUCAGCAUUCAUGAAAAGAAUGUUUAAAUACACAAAAGAAAACUACAUUUUUGUUUCUAAGUUCUCUGAGCAACAAGAAUGUAGUACAUGGGUUAUUGUCUGUCUGUACUGGAAUGGCUGAUGUGGCAUUUCUCAUUGUGGUAACUGAAGCACUGCUGGAUAGGGCAUCCCAUACGGCAUCAUCGUAUUUGCCAUCCAGAACAUCAUGGGUACCGCAGGUGGAGUGAAACUGGUCAUUGGUGGUGGCAGCAUACUGUACUGGUUUACUGGUGGCGCAGGUAUAUAGGGUACUGGCGAUGGUAUUCCAACCUGGUUUAUCUCGGAAGGUGGUCCUGCAUUAAUCUCUCGUGCGUAAGUUGGGCUCCCAAGACUGUCAGAUGUCAGUCCUUAGUCUGUUAGUCCUUGCCUUGCCCGCUGAGGGCGACCUUGGUUACUAGCAUCCUCUUCCAUGCUUGUUUCUCCACCAAUGGCUUUAGGGUUUUCAGUCGUUGGUACUUCAUCAGGAGAAUCAGUGAUGAUAGCACUUGCCUCAAUUUGGCCUGACACCCCAUCAGAAUUGACAUUUGGGGGGUUUGGUUCUGCUCCCACUACUUCUUUGCUUGCAGACUGUACCUGCAUCUGAGAUUGAUCAUUGCCAUCAUUUCCCGGUGAUAGGUAAUGGUGUGAGAUGUCGGGAAGGCCUGAUUCUGAUCUCGCGUCAUACACAGGGCUUCCCUCUCCUUUUUUUGCAAUCACCAUAUGAAUCUCAUCUUCCCAGAAGGCACGGAGUUUUCCAGGUCCACCGCGAGGGGUGAGGUUGCGGACUUGGACACGAUCUCCCACUUGCAGUGCUAAAGAUCUCACUCGUUUGUCGUGAUUCCUUUUUCCUCUAAUGGCACUUUUCGUGGCAGAUUUCAAUGCGAGUGAGUAAGCUUCUUGCAUGGCAGUCUUCCACUUAGUCACAUACUCAGCAUGUGAUAUGGCUCCUGUUUCUGGUUGGGGGUCAAAGAUUGCAUCAAUUGGUAGUCGUGGGCUUCGACCAAACAACAGGAAAAACAGAGAAUGACCUGUUGACUCAUGAACAAUGUAAUUAUAUGCAUGAAUGAGCUUGUUUACAUGGUCCUUCCAACUUGAUUUGCGAGUUUCAGGGAGAGUUCGUGGCAUAUUUACUAGCGUGCGAUUCAUCCGUUCGACCAAACUGUUCCCUUGUGGGUGAUACGGGGUAGUUAUAGAAUACACAACUCCAGAAAAUUCCUCUAACUGCUCGAACAAACGAUUUUCAAACUUCCCUCCCAUGCCAUGAUGGAGUUUCUCUGGAAAUCCAAAACGCGGGAUAAAGUCAUUGAAGAUCCUGUCUGCAGCAGUAACGGCGGUUUUGUUCUUCGUUGGGUAUGCUUGAGCAUACUUAGUAAAGUGAUCUACCACAACUAGAAUGUACUUGUGCCCCCCUGAACUCCGCUCUAGGCGUACAAAGUCAAUGGAGAGCAUUUGAAGAGGAGCUGUUCGGACAAUUGGCUGUAAUGGCUCUCUUGUUGGUAGAUUUGGGCGUCUCUGUUUCAGACAGCGGCAUGUAUGAUGGAUAAAGUUGUGUAUAUCCCUCCUCAUGUAAGGCUAAUAAAAUCUCUCAAGAGCCAACGCAAGCACCCUCUCGACACCAGGAUGACCUAUUUCUUCAUGGAGUUCACGGUAUACAGUGCGUCGGAAUUUCUGUGGUAGAACUAUCUUCUGAUUACGAUGCAGGAUGCCACUCUUCUUGUCUACAUUAAGUUUGUGCCACUCAUUCAGGAGCUUGCGAACCAACGGCGAUUCUUUUCGUUUCUGUCCAACUGUCGGCUUCUGGUUUGCUUUGAUGACUUUCAGGACGCGCCCAAUGUGAGGUUCUUCUUUCUGUGCUCUCACUAUAUCCACCACUUUUACUUGAUUGCAGCUUGCUUGUGAUGGAAUGUCUACCUGAUGGAGCUCCCCGUCGUAAUCAGUCAGGGCCAUCAACCAAAUUGAGUCCCCACUUGAUGAUGUCUGAAUUCUACAGAUUGAGGCCUGCAAGCUUUCAGGAACUACCCUCUCAGCACAACUAUCCAUGUAGUUCUUGAAGUCAGCAGGUAUCCUGGAAAGACUGUCAGCAUCAGUGUUCCACUUGCCUGGUCUGUACCGUAUUUCAAAGUUGAAGUCCGCGAGCUCUCCAACCCACCUCAAUCCUGUGGCAUUUAGUUUGGCAGACGUUAACACAUAAGUUAAGGGAUUGUUGUCUGUGUAUACCACAAAUUCAGGGGUGUAGUAGAGGUAAUCCCUGGACUGUUCUGUCACUGCCCAUUUCAAGGCUAGGAAUUCCAGCUUGCCUGAAUGCAUAUGAUAGUUGCGUUCUGAUGGAGUCAGAGUUCUUGAUGCAUAGGCGAUUACUCGUGUAGAGCCAUUCCGUUCUUGGUACAAAACCGCACCUAGGCCAUCCUGUCACGCAUCAGUAUGUACUAUAAAUGGUGCAUCGUAAUCUGGGUACGCCAGCACACGGUGUGACGUCACGUGAUCUAUUAAGACCUCUAAUGCUGACUGGUGCUGGGUCUCCCACUCCACUGGUGAUGAAGAUGAUACUUGCCCACUGUUUCCCCUUGGACUAUGUUUAGUGGAGGUGACAUUCUUCUUCUUUCGCAGGUCAAGGCUGAGAAGAUCAUGAAUGGGUUUUGCUGUUUGUGCAAAAUGUUUGAUAUGACGACGGUACACACCAAGAAGACCCAUGAGUUUUCUCACUUCUCUAACUGUUCGUGGUCUUAAGUUCUUCAUUGCAAUCGCUGCACAUGUGGCUUUGGGAUCUAUUUGGUACCCAUCCUGAGAGAUAACUCUUCCAAGGAAAGGCACUUCACGUUUGAAAAAUGCACACUUUCUAGGUUUUAACUUUACACCAUAACUCUUCAAGCGACAGAGAACUUUACGAAGGUGUUCAAUGUGUUAAGAAUAUGUUACUGAGAAUACUAUUACAUCAUCCAAGUAAGGAAUACAUAUCUCGUCGCGGAGCUCUCCGAGGCAAUUCUCCAUAAAUCUCUGAAAAUUUGCUGGCGCAUUCAUCAGUCUGAAGGGUAUCCGAACCCAUUCUUACAACCCCCACGGUGUGACAAGGGCUGUCAAUGGUUGACAGUACUUUCCCAUGAAUCCCUACCUUGGUCCAGGACACUAAACCACGACUUGCCCCCCAAACUGUCCAGAGCUUCCUGGAUACGAGGAAUCGGGUGACGGUCUGGCACAGUUUUCUUAUUUAAUUCUCGGUAAUCUAUACAUAGUCUCAUUCCACCAUCUCUCUUACGGACACAUACAACACUAAUUGAGAAUGGGGAUGUAGACUUCCUGAAGAAAACCUCGGUUAAGCAGGUCCUCAAUAUAGCCUUAACUUCUGGAUAAAACGGACGGGGUAGGGAAAGGUAUUUCUUCUGAACUGGCUGGUCACUAGUCAUCUUAAAUAUCCAUUUCUAACCCUGAGAUGCAGCCAACAUCAUUGUCACUCAUCGCAAAUGCUUCUGCUUCUUCCAACAACAACUGCUUUGCUUGCUCCUUUUGUUCUGCUGUCAGUCCACUCAAAUCAACUUCUGGUGACUAAGACAAGUUACUCUCAAUUUUCUCAGUUAGUUUAUGUUCAUCGCAGGGCAGCUCCUUGUCUGGAGUCUGCGUCUCUGUAUUCUUGAAUCUCACUUCAACAGGAGUCACCGAGUGAACUAACCGAAGGAGGCCCAGGACCACUCUUCUGGGUAGAGCGAUGUCGUGAUUGGUAUUGUUGGUCACGUUGAUGGAUAAUAUGGUAACAUGACCUUCCUUUAUAGUUGUAAGGGAUUCAUGUAAUUCUAAUCCUGAAGGCCAGGUAGCCAACUCAUCUGGUUUAAAUAUUACCGGUGUCUUGCGGUAAAUAGGUCCAGUGUUGGCACGACAAGGUAAACGAAUAGUCUGUCCAGCAGGGAUAGUAUGUGCUUUCUUAGCGGAUUUAACAAAGCAAAGCUCAUCAGAAUUAGUAGCACGUAUGAUACUUAUCAAGGCUUGUUUGUCACUAUCUCUACUUUGGUGGAAGCUUUUCAUCGUCCUUCCUGGUAAUUUUUCCCCAUCCACCUCGCCUUCAGUAUUCUUGACCAUUAGCUCUAUGACAUUACAACCAAUGAUGGGCUGUUCAAUUUCCUCCUUCGUUACUUAGAAUGGAACUCUUACCUCUGCCUCAUUCUCGUUUGAUAACCUCACACCAAUCUCUGCCCACCCACAUCAUGGGAUAUCAGUUCCAUUUGCUGCUUGCAAACUAAGAGAACCAUUGGAACCAAGUAACUGUUCAACAUCUUGUAUUUGGACAGAUAAUAGCUGGCUCUUCAGAAAACCUUCGGACACAAUAGAGACCUGGGCUCCAUAAAACUUCUAAAGGCUUUUCAUCUAGAUAGCACUGCACCGAGCAUUUUCUUCCCACCAGCUUGGCUAUACACUUCUGUUGCCUUGGGGUGAUAUGGCAAGCAUAACAUUCUCAUCUUGGGUAUCUCCUAACCCUUUUCCUUUACGAGCUCUUUUCUCAGAGAGUUCUUUGAUUGCCUUGCACAACACCUUGUGUUUUGGUCGAUGAGCCUUCUGGUAACCCACGAAACAUUACCGCACAGACUGGCACGCCGAACACUGCAAUAACUGUGUAUGGCAAUCAAAUUUCAGGCAACCACUACACUGGUGGGACUUCUCUUCCUCUGGCGAGGCUACUCCCUGUCCCGCAGGGUAGCCAGGGUGCGUUUCCCAGAUGACUUCUAUACUUGGUUUGACAAUAGCGUGUGUCACGAUUCAGUGAACUCAAAAGGGUUAUUUAUUGUGCGAACUCGACUGCCGCCACGUGUGUAUUCGUUGUCUCCCUAGUCUUCUAAAUAUAAAGAUGUUCAUCGGCCCAGUGGCGUGACCGUGUAACGCAAUAUCACGACAUCUUCCCCUUUUUACAAAGUUUAUCUUCAAAAGUUAAUUAAUACUCAAUGUUCGGUUUCGAUCACUGUUCAAAUCACAUAAAAUCAACAAAACAUUGUUCUUCAUUGAAAUCAUAAAAAGAUAGAAACAGACUCAACAACUAUUUAGCGGCUCAAUCAUUCAAUGUUCAGUUCAUAUGGUAAUCCUGAUGCCACAAAGGCGGUCGACGUCUGCGUUCUGAUCGACGAGUUUCAAUCCUUUGUGGCUCAAGCUCAGUUCCCAUCUCAUUUUCAGGUGGCAUUCUCUCUGUUUUGGUCUCGCCAUGGAACUCCGGUGGAGGAGGUCCUGGCUCUGUCAGAUUUGGCGCCGGUUUGAGGGUAGACUCGGGCGGAGUUAGUUCUACCAGACUCAUAGGUGGUGCUGUUUCCGGGGUCAGGCGCAGUUGCCGACGGUUGCGUCGGUAUCGCCUGCCGCAAACUUCAACUUCAUAAGACCUGUUCCCCAAGGCUUUCAUGCAGGUCCCCAGACUCCAUUCCUCCCUUCCGGGAAGCCGCAUCCUGAUGGCCUGUCCACACUUUAGUGCCUCUAAAGGGCGAAACUUUUUGUUGUAUUGUUGAGCUUGUCUUUUCUUGCGCUCAGCUAAUUUGGUGGCUGUUUCCUGGUGUGAUGGCUGCCGCAGGAGCGUUUCAUGGGUUGGUAAGAAAGUGCGUGUGCGGCGUCCCAUCAGUCUCUGUACGGGUGAUGUUCCUAGACCCUCUGUUGGGGUGUUGCGCCAAUCAAGAAGGGCUAACAGCGGGUAUUGCCCAUCCGCUUUCGCUUUCGUCAUCAAGUUCUUGCAGGUCUUCACGGCAUUCUCGGCGCGGCCAUUUGACUGGGGGUAACGGGGGCUCGAAGUUCUAUGUUCAAACUGCCAUUCUCUCACGAAUGCACUGAACACCGAUGACGUAAACUGAGGUCCGUUGUCGGUAAUAAGCACGUCUGGUAUCCCAUGGCGGGCGAAUUGUACUUUACACGCAGCUAUCACGCUAGCAGAUGUGGCCACCUUAACCUCCUGGACUUCAAAGAACCCACUCCAGUAGUCGACUAGGACAAAGAAAUGUUGUUGCCCAAGGUCAAAAAAAUCGGCACCUAGCAUCGACCAGGGACGCGACGGGAUCGGAUACGGUUGCAAUUCCUCGCGGCACUGAUCUGGCUGGUACGACUGGCAGAUUGAGCAUUUGGAAACAAAGUCCUUUACUUCCGAAUUCAUGAGGGGCCAAUAGAGGACCUCCCUAGCGCGACGUAAACACCCUUCGAUUCCAAUAUGUGAUCGGUGAAUUUGCUUCAACAUUUCUUUUCUCAGGGAAGGGGGUACCAGCAAUCGCUCCCCCAGGAAUACUAGUCCCUUGUCUUCUAUAAGCUCACUUCGUUUGUCAUAGUAAGGCGUCAGCUCAGGGGUACAGGACUUCCUUGACACUGGCCAUUCACCCUUGAUUGCUCCGAUUAGCUUUUGCAUCACUGGGUCCCUGGCAAUCUCGUUUCUGAAUUCAGCGAGCCUGUAUGGUGCAAUCGAGAGGUUUUCUGAAUGAUCUAUCUCGGCAAGUGUACAGAUCAGACUUGUAUCGUGCUUGGAGGCUUCGGUGGUGUUGCGGUAUGCUCGACUCAGUGCAUCUGAUACCCACAUAAGUUCCCCUUUUUUAUACUGCACAUCCAGGGAGUAAUUCUGAAGGGCCAUCAGCAUUCUCUGGAGUCUCUUUGGUGAGUUGUGUAUUGGCUUGGUAAAAACUGCCCUUAGUGGUUCGUGGUCAGACUCGAUGUGUACAACUUCGCGUCCCAGUAUGUAUUGAUUGAACUUGUCGGUUGACCACACUAUGGCGAGGAGCUCUUUCUCGAUUUGAGCGUAACGCGUUUCGGUGUCGGUCAGAGCUCGCGAGGCAAAGGCAACGGGCUGACCCUUUUGCAUCAGUACUGCACCUAGACCCGUUAUGCUGGCAUCGCAUUGGAUUGUCACUUCUUCAGUAACAUCAUAGUAUUUCAGUACCGGGGCCUUGGCCAAGUAUUCUUUGACUGUGGUAAAUGCUUUCUCAUGCUGUGCAAGCCAACACCACUCGACGUCCUUGUCCUCAAGCCUUCGCAAAGGUUCUGUCAUGUCGGACAGGAGUGGCAAGAAUUUGGCCAGAUAAUUGACCAUCCCCAAAAACCUCUUCAGGCCUUUCACAUCAGUCGGCGGUGGCAUAUCCAAAAUAGCUUCAACUUUGGCUGGGUCUGCCUUUAGACCAUCAGGAGUCAAGAGGUGGCCCAUGAAACGCACUUCGGUUUGAGAUCUUUUCAGCUUGAGUUUGUUGAGCUUGAGGUUCCACUCCCGGCAUUUCUUGAAGAACGCACGUUCGUUCUUUUCAAGGCUCGAGUUGACCUCUGCGUCAGUUUCGCCAAAUCCAGCGAUGAGGAAGUCGUCAGCGAUAACUUCAACUCCUUCUAAAUUUUCUACGAAUUCAUGCAUGCGUCGCUGCCAAACUUCAGGCGCACUUGAGAUACCAAAAGGCAUGCGGGCCCAUCUAUAACGCCCAAAAGGCGUAUUGAACGUUGUCAGGAAACUAGAAGCAUCGUCUAAGAGGAUUUGGUGGAAACCAUCCUUGGCGUCACAAAGAGUAAAUUUCUUGGCACCUGUUAAGCGGGAGGCCUCUUCAUCGAUAGUCGGCAACUGGUAAUGCUCUCGCCGAAUGGCACGAUUUAAAUCUCUCGGGUCAAUACAGAUGCGUACUUUGUUUGGCUUCACUAUGGCUAACAUGCUGGAUACCCACUGCGUCGGUUCUGUUACUGGAAUAAUAACUUUACGAUCAACAAGUUCGUCCAGCUUGUUUUUGAUGCAUGGACGCAAGGCUACUGGCACUCGCCUCGGUGCGUGGACAACUGGUUGCGCCUGUUCGUCUAUGGCUAUUUUGUAUGUUCCCGGUAGGGCCCCUAAUCCGUCGAAUACGUCCUCAUACUCUUCGAGCAAGGAGGCUUUGGGACACUUGACGUGUAAUGCUAGGACGUCACAAUUAUUCAAACUCACAAAGCCAAGAUUGAGGCUGGUGUUCAAUGAUAAAAUCGGUUGAUAGUCUCCGUCUAAGAUGUUAAACUCCAUUGACCUCCGCUGUCCACGGGACCACACAGGCAGGGUAGCUUUACCAGCAAUUUUGCGGCGAUCCCCUGUGUACGAGACUAUUUCCUUUUGGCAUGGUUUGAGGCGAUGAAGGAGGGUGUCCCCAGUGAUUUGCUUGUAUAAUUGGGCCGGGAGAAUGUCGCACUGCGACCCAGUAUCUAUUUGAAACUGGACUUCUGUCUUGGGAUCUGGCCCAUAAAUGUGGAGUUUGACCACUGCCAAUUUUUCCUGGCCUUUGCUCUUACUAGUAGUAGCACCAAUGUAGUAGGGGUCGUUUCCCAUGUCGACGGCUUCGUGGACCGCCGAAACUCUACUUUUCACUCCUCGGGGAUUAGCGCGACAUUUAUUCGCAAAAUGAUUCAUACUCCCACAGUUAAAACAUGUUCUUCCAUACGCGGGACAAUGACGUCCAUGCACCAUUCCGCAAUUUCCACAUUUUUUAGACGGUCUUCUAAAUGCUUGUGACUUAAGUUGUCGUUCUUCUUCAGGUUUUUCUGCCGAUCCCGCCUUCCGUAACGCAUGAACUGCAGUGUCUCCUCCAGCCAUUAGCUUUACUUGCUGUUGGGUCUGUUCUGACGACUUAAUAAUGUCAACUGCUUGUAGGAGAGAUAAAUCAUUCAAACGGAGAAGUCUCUCGCGGACGCGAUCAUCCCGUAUGCCUAGCACGAGGCGGUCACGCAAAAUUUCAUCUGGUGUGAUUGUAUCGUGUGCACAGUUUUUGCGAUCGUUCGAAGCUCCGUAAGAUACGUCGAGAUGUUUUCGCCUGGUUCCUGGUUUCGGUUGUUGAACCUAUAGCGUUCAUAUAUGACCUGUGUCCUAGGAAUGCAGAAUUCGUCGAACUUCUUCAGGACUUGUGAAAUGUCGUCUGCGUUUUCGUCUUCGUUCCAAAUAAAGGUAUCGUGGGCUCUGACGCCAUCCUCGCCUAUAAUGCUUAGUAAUGUCGACACACGAACUAUGCCCUCUUGUUUAUAUACACCAGUAGCGAUUUCGUAGCGCUGCCACGCUGCUUUCCACGAUUUCCAUGCGGUGGCUAAAUUGUCGUCAAAAUUAAGCGCUUUCGGCGGGGGCAAAUUUGACGGGGGAAUAAAAACUUGAGUCGGCGCUGGUGGCACAACUAUGGAUGCUUCAGCUGCUUCUGUCAUCUUUAGGGGUGAACCGAUCCCACUCCUGACACCAUGUCACGAUUCAGUGAACUCAAAAGGGUUAUUUAUUGUGCGAACUCGACUGCCGCCACGUGUGUAUUCGUUGUCUCCCUAGUCUUCUAAAUAUAAAGAUGUUCAUCGGCCCAGUGGCGUGACCGUGUAACGCAAUAUCACGACAGCGUGCAAUGUGGUUUGAGCCACCACAGAGAUAACAAUGUGGGCAGCGGUCGCCUUCCCUCUUUCUCCUACGCUCUUGGCAACCAGGUGACCUUGCUCCCAUUGUCACUCCAUUUCCAGGACGAGAAGGCCUUAUGGAGUCUACUUUCUGGCUAAUUGCUGUUUCACGGAGUUUCUCAACUUCCAACCGCACUGAAGCCAGAUUUGCUUGCACGGCUUUCAGGGUUGCUAGAAUAUGUUGAUCCUUGUGUUGCUCCUUCUUUGUACUUGUAUCAGCUCCACUCUCUACUGUGUACACCUUAGCAGCACCUUGCCUGCAAGACAAAACUUAUAACCUCUUUCUGUCUCUGCAGAUAUAGCUAGGCUCAUGGCUUCUAUGAGAUCUUCAUCUGCAACUUGAGGUUUUUCCUCCGCAAUUUUGUUUAUAUCUCAAGCUUACUUGUAAACAACACGAUCAGAAACCCACAAGAUCCACUAAAUAAAACAGUGUUCCUACCUUUCACUAGCCUCACAACUACGUUUCACUACCUUUUUCACCAGCCGCCCGUAACAAACGUCCUCUCACACCACAAUCCGUCACAUUCUUCCCGCUAAAAGUCUUCCAGCGCAAUCCGCCAUGUGCUUGAACAUGCGAUAACGGCGGUCCACAUAAAGUCCUCGCACGAAGUGGUCAAACAAGCAUCAAUACAGGCAAAUGCACACAGUUCCGUCGAAAAAUCCUCUCGGACAGGCCCCCAGAAAUGUUACACAGAAUACCCACACGGUUUUAGGUUUUCCACGUGUAUUCGUUACCAACUGAACAUAAGAUUAUCCUCACAACUUUUUUAUAGCUCGGUUCUCUCUGGUACAUGGUUUUUGUUUUACGUCAUAUGACAUCUACCAGGAUGUCCAGUCCUUUCCGCGCGAGCGCCUGACACUUAACACAAUUCCUCUAGGAAACAACGUGAUUUCACUACUUAACAUUAAUAAACCAGUUCAAUUCAAGGUCGAUGUAAGCUCGAAAGAUGUAUAACUAACUUCUAACUUUUCAAGAAAUGGUUCUUAAGAAAACUGCCUGCGCUGCCAAAUUAAAUACCACACUAUAUAAUGGGGGUGUAUUCGAAACGUCUUUAUUUCCUUUGUGAUGUAGAAGUUGUAGUAGUUAUUCAAUGCUCCAAAUAUCUUGUAUUUCCAUUUUUCACCGUGAUUCUCGUUUGAGAAUAGAUAAGUAUCAAUUACGAAAAUAAUGUUAUACCAGGGAAAUGAUUUAAAUCUGACACCUGAGUAUUCUUAGCUGGCAGUAAUUUGGCGCCAAUUACAUAGCAAAAUCCAAUGUUGUGCCUAAAAGCAGAGCAUAGGGAGAGCAGAGGGGUAUUACGUCUGCGCAUGUGCCAAUAAAAUUUGUUCGUCGCUUUCGGCGCCAUUUCGGUAUUUUCAGCGCGCUUCCGUGGGUUUUCAACUGGCGAUCGACACCUUUUCGACAUAUUUUUUGGAGAGGGAUGAAGAUUAUGACAAGUUUACCACCAUUUCUAACUCUGUGGAUACUCGUGGAAUUUGCUGGCUCUUCGGAUGAGGAUAUGUUAAGGAUCAAAGUGCGAACAAAACGCAAAAAAAGGCCGAAAACUUGAAGUUUGAGAUUUGACUUACUGACGAUCAAGAUGUGCAUAUGAGACUAAAAAUCUUCAAGGUUAGUCUUAAGAUGUUGAUGUUUUACUUCUAUGUAUCACGAAGUUUUAUGUGGAAACGAUCGUGAGAUAUUCGUUACGAAAACAGAAGGUAGUUUAGAAUUUGAUCUUAUUUUACUUGAACUUUGAAAUUAAAAUUGCUUAAAGUUCGAGGUGGCCCCCAAGCUUCCAAUCACUUCAAACAGGCGCGUCUUUUCUUUCUCUUUGUAGUCAGUUAGAACACAAGGAUUUAAAAAAUGUUCCAGCUUCAGGAUUGAGUUGCCCUUACUACAACCUUCGGCGGAUUCGUUUUUGGGAGGUUGUGGUGGAUUUUCCAAGUCAUGGCUCACAACUGUUUUUGGCCUUUUUGCUCUCCAAGUCUGUUGCACAUGGUAUGUAGGCAUGUGUGUUAACAACGGUUAUAAUCUUGCCUCAGUCAUUUCCGGUUUUUUCUUAUUUUCUUGCUGUGUUUUGGUGAGAAUUUUUUUAAUUGCCUUUUUGGGCUUGAAGUGCUAAACUUAGGAGAAACUGAUUCAUCACACGGCCCUCAAAUCCCUCACCACUUUUAGUUCAUUGUUUAUUUAUUUAUUUAUUUAUUCCGUCUAACCAGUUUAUUUAUCACAAAAAAUGCGCGGGUUUUGUCUCAUGAGUUUAAACUGGUGCCGUUUUCUUGAUGUUCAUGUGUUAUUCGAAACGAAUGGCGUCAGCUUCAUUCUGUCUUGUUUUUUUCAGUACAAUACUUCUGCCAUGCGAAGUGAAUUUUGAGUCGAAGUGUACUAUGAAACUCGCAAAGCAAAAUUAUCAAACUUUCUCUGGUUCUUAAAAUAUGAGACGAGUGAUACAACAAAUCGAUAAUUACUAAUGGGGCUGGAACUCCUUGUUUCUUUAGAAUGUUAAUUACAGUAUUUCUGUCGUAUUUGAAAACGAAUAUCAGGUUAAAAUAUCUUCGAACCAGUUUGACUUGCAUUUAACUUUGUUAGAAAUGUCUUGAUCCUUCAAUUUUUAUUUCUUAUUUGAGACUGAUGAUAGGAAUUAACCUUUAUGUUAUCUGCUGUUUAGGGAGAUGUGAAGUGACCCCACUACAUACGGUUGGUACCAUUAACAGAAUGGAUUGGUGUGACAUUUACUGUGGCAUGCUGGUAUUCGAGAAACUGUCAUAAGUACCAGAAACUUACCACUGGUAUAAAUUAUUAAUCUUUUGUUCUCUCCAGGCAACUUGCCUCGACUAGCUUAUGCUAUAUGCAACUUUUAUACUUUUUUCGCAACUGUAAAAUUAUCAAUAAAUUUUUUGAAAGUUUUGUCCAAAUUUCAUUGAAAAAGAAUAUAAGGAGUGAUCAGGUGAAAUAUUGUCAUGUUCCCUAACAGUGUUUGAGCUUCUGGUGGGAGCUGUAAAAUUGCUUAAGUGUCUGAGAUAUGAUUUGUCUGCCAUAAAAUUGGCACAGCCAAACCCCUGGCUAGAAAACUAUAAAUUUCCCCAGAUGGGCAUCCAAGCUGAUGUCCAUUACUACAGUUUAUGCAAUGUCAAAGUCCCCCUUUGAGGUAAGUCUCAUUUCUCUAAAAUCUGAUAGAUAUAAAUCAUAUAUUUUCCUGAAGAGAUCUACGAACGUCUCCACAUUAGUUUAAUCUAACCUUGUGUAGUCUUGUUCCCAGGGAAAAAGGCUUUGGAGAUAUUUUGUUUUUUAUCCUUACUGUUAAAUAUCAGCCCUACUGGUUCUUUGUUGUUUAUCAUGUAAUAAGAGUAUUUUCAGCCUAUCGAGUUGUCACAUAACUCUUGUAAUUUAAGGGAUUGUAGAGUAAGAUUGCAUACAGUUUUGUUGUGCAGUUGAAAUGAUAAAAUGAAGACAUACAUAGAUAAGUCCAUUGUAACUCCCAACUAAGGCUUUUCGGUUACAAUGUCUAACUACAAUAUUUAAAAUACAUAUAAGUUAAAAAGGAUUUUAAGGCUAGAAUCAAUUACAAAAGACCUAAGAAUAUAAUUUAAAUAUAAUUUUAAAAUUUAAAUGUAAUUUUUGUUGGGAAAUAAUUGAUUUAUUUAACUAUUCAUAUUACAACUGGAAGCCCAAACUAGUAUCUGUUUUAAUUCACAAUUUCCCCACAUCAUUGAUCAUAUCUAAUGAUUUUUCCGAGACUAAUGAUUGAAAAGACUUUUCCUCACUCCGAUAAAAUCCAUAAUUAUGCCUCCUUUUCUAACAAGCUCUUUGAUGUAACGACCGUAUCUCUGGUACUUAUGUUGUCUUACUUUUCUUUACUCGACAUUGACCCUUUUUGUUGGUAAUCGGCCCCGCCGGUUGUGAUUCACAUCAAAAAGAAACUUUUUGAAACAAAACAUAAACUUCUGUAAACUUUACACCAGCAGUACAGUUGAAGCUCUAAAAGACGCUCACAGGAAAGUGAGUACUUCAAAUCAUCAACGAUAGCUUGAGAUAGCAAUGACACGAUAAAAGUAUACUAUCCAAUUCGUUUGUGCUCUUCGACAGGCCUCUUGCAUCCUUCUCAAACAACAUCGUCUAAAUUUAUCGCCCAAGUAAUCACAAGACAAGACUCGUAGUCAUUUGUACAAUCUUUUGCUUUUUGAAAUUAACUUCCUUCCACAGACCAAACAACAAUUUUAAGACUUUGCCGCUUCCAUCUAAGUUACAGCGAGAAAAAUGAAGAGAAAAGUUGUCUCAAAUACUCCAUCCAUCGUUGUUUUCCGACGUAUUUUCCUUCUUUUCUUUCGCGAUUACCGACGCAGGCUCAUGUCAGCAGUUUCUCGCAUCAAACUAAAAUAUACAGGAAAUGCGCAACAAAAUGCUCCUCUGCUCAGGUAUUAUGAAUUUAGAGAAGAUCAAGAAGGCGAUUGUCAAAUCUGCCGGUGAGAUAAAUACUUCGAAGGGAAGCAAACGCACGGGUGACUUAAAAUUGUCCCUUUAUUUUAUUCUGUUGACACCUUUUUGGUGAAAAAAAAAGAUAUACAUAUAUUUCAUAUAUGUUUCCAAAUUGCAACGUUUUUGAAAAUACAUAGAUAUUUAGAUGUAUUUUUUUAAUUUUUGACUUGUAUGUUUCAAUUGGCAACAUAACUUAACUUGCCUCUGAAAUUGCAUUUCCCUUCGCAAAUAUCUUAGAGGAUUAAGGGUUAACUUGGCUACAACUCUUCCAGCUAAGAUCCAAAUGGCUCUGGGCUUGAGAUUACUCACUGAGGAUGAUGAGAGGUUUUUAUGGCGACUUCAACAAGGACAAAGUGUGUAAUUCAUUAAGAAUUCCGGUGUUAAUCGACACAUGCGUAAUGGGGCGCUAGAAUUACCUAAGGAUACUGGACACCACUAAGUAUCCUGGCGACCGAUUGCAGAUUCAUCAAAACAAGUUGACCGGCUUUAGCGAUCGCAAACUUGUUUUGAUCGCGUGAACUACACGCACGGUGAACUAAAAAACGUGAUGGCGCUUCCACAAACUGUGGGCUUCAAAGCUGAGGAAGGCGACUUUGGUGUACGUGCACUGUUGAAGAAGUAGACGAUGAUUACGUGAUCGUUUCCUUUGACGGCUGGAACACGGAGUUGAAUUGCUGCGUCUGUGAUCCACGAGAGAUCAAGGAUCGAACAUUGCCUGAUCGGAAAAGAAAGCGAAGAAACCUUCCCCUUCAGUGAACAAUGUCUUCGCUUUAAGAAGACCGACUUAUACUUUUAAAUAUCCCCCAAACUUAUGUAAAUAAAAAGCUCAUAUUAAGGUUCGCUUCAAUUUCAGGCAUGAAUUUGCAUAAUCUUUCAUAGACGAAAUCUUUAUGAAUUUCAAAGAUCAAAACCAUUUUCUAAACUACAUCUGCUUUAUCUUUAUCCACUUAGCAAAUAAACCUUACCAAAUUACAGUCAAAACACCAGACGUAGUUCACUUCGAAUUUCUCGAUCUCUCCCAGUUUCUCCGACCGCAUCCAAACAGGUAUUACUACAGUGGAACGUGACGUAAAAUACGUCACGCGUUACUUGGUAACAAUGCUCAUACAUAUGCACGAACCCCACUUAAGUGGGGUUCGCAGAAUUACACACUUUGUCCGUGUUGAAGUCGUCAUGUGGCUAGAUUUCAGGAAAUGUUGACAUUGUAUUGAAAAAAGGGUAUAUGCAUAAAAACGUUUUAUUUAGUGACAUGUUAUGAGCUUUGUGGUAAGGGAAAAUCUCCAACUUUGGGUUUAGUGGGCCCUCCUCCCAAAGUCUCAAGGUAAUGUUAUAGCAUCAAUCAGUGUUCUGUCUUCUUCUAGGAAUGUAUGCUUUCAUUUUUUACUUUUCUGAACAUUAAACCAGCAAUGUAGGUAUUGGGUCAUGUGCACUCAUGAAAUUAAUUUGUUUGUAUUAAGGUAAUACAACUGGACCUGACGAGACUGAUUUGCCCCACUACCCAGGUAAAGAGUGUUAGUGAAAUAAUUAAUGCAGUCUCAGAUCAGGGAAGUUGCAUAUUAUUUGAAGGAAACUGUGGCUUAGUUAAAGUGUUAUUUUAUCUUAGGGAAAGAAAAAGUAUUUAGUCUGUCAGUAUAAUGACUGUAAUCAUGACUUUUGAUCCCAGGCAUUUGGCUAGACCAUGGCCAUCUCCAGUGGGCUAAGAAACUGAAAAGAUCAACAAACUCCUGUGACUGUAAGGAAAUUGUUUUUUACCCAGGUACAGUAAAAAAAAAAAAAGAAGUGAAAAAAAGAAGAAAAAAAAAUCUGGCCGGAGCUUGACAGUCCAUCUCACUUGUUUCGAUUUCCGGCCCACUAUGAUAUAUCAGUCCAUUACAAUUUGGAAUUUUUUUUUUUUGUAGGCUAAUUUCCAAAAUCAUCAAUGUUUUGAGUUCUGUUUUUACACAAUUUUCUAGGAAUGGAAAGACCUCCAAUAAAAUUGCAGUCGGGUCCAAAGUCACUCACCGUUUGUUGGUGAUUUUAAACACAAUAAAAGACUGGAGUCAUUUAAGAAAUAUAAAAGAAGUAGUAUGCAGAAAAACCCUGAGUCUGUUAAUGUAACAUUCAAAUUAAGAGAUUUCAAUAUCAAAACACAUAUUUGUUAGAAACUUUGACAUAAAUGAUCUCAAAUUGAUGAAAAGUAACUCUGAAAUUUAAUACUCAGUUUCAUUCAUGAGAUAAGUCUUUUUCUACUCCUUCCCCUUUCUUUCUGCAUAAGGGAUAUCAUGAUUUCCCUGUUUUCUAGUAAAUUCAGUCCGUGUUUUCCGGCUGGGCCCAGUGUUGUCACCAUAAGCUUAAACUUUGGACUUAUCUACCCUUCAGCCAAGAAUAAUUAAACUUUCUCAUUAAUGUCUCUUGAUGCUUGUUUUUUUUCCUUUAUUUCCACAUUAAACAAUUCCUUGUUUACUUUUUCAAUUCCCACAAAGGGAAAAUCAGCUUGAGAGCUUCAAGAUUUAGUAAGUUUUAUUAAAGCAAAUCUGAAAGAUACGAGGAGGAAUUUUUUAGAUGUAGAGAAAAAAUAUAUUUUCUUACAUGAUUGUUUUGACAGGUCGUGGUCCAACUCACAAUACCGGGAGACCUGUCCAGGAUGAUCUCCCCAGCACAAGUACAAGCGAGACAGGAUCAGAAGAUGAUAUGCCUCUAAAUGGCAGCAAUUCUUCAUUUAGUAAAAGUGAACCAGGUAAAAACGUUAAAAAAUACACUCACCCCUAUCUAAUGAUAUAUUAGCUCAAGGUUCUCAACCAAUGAGUUAUAGUCUACAACACCUGCUGUUUACGUGACUUUAUAUCAUAAAACUUUGGAUACCUCUCUACUGAAAGUGUCAAAACUCAUCAUGUCAACUUUGGAGAAAGGAGGUAAUGAUUAAUUAAAGUUUACCUCUACCAAUGCUGUAAGAGCAACAUGGCCUAGCAGCACAAUCCUAAAUGGUUAAGUGUAAUACAUUUAUAUAUCAUAUCGAGUUUUCAACAUCAAAUGGGAGAAAUGUACUUGGUCAGGAGAAAUACUUGCAAUAGGUUAUAUGAUUGUUAUUUUUCAAGGCGUGUAUCUUUUGAUCACAAAAACCUUUGACUUGGAUUUUCUAAUCUUCGGAAAAUGUCUUCAAAAUUAAUAGUUUUGCGUCACCUAUUUGCGAGUGCGGUGUUGACUCUGAAUCAGAGAAACAUUGUUCCAUGUAUUGCCCAAGAUAUGCCGCUCAACGUAAUGUCCUCCUUACCUCUGCUGCUAGUAACAGGGGACAUGGUCAUCGAGCAGCGAUGCAAGGAAACUAAGCUUUUAUUGUAAGGUGUCGAGUCUGUAAAUUACGAUGUCAAUUAUGCUUUUUUUCCGCGAAGUGCAAAUUUUAAUACUAAUCACUUUUCAGUGGCCAUUGUUUGAUUGUUUAAAUAAUAUAUCCCUAGCUAUGUAAGUUUAGCUCGUUGUUAUUGCAAUUUGUGGGUGUUGUUUGUGUGUGUAUGGUGUGAGCUUGUAUAAAUUAAAUCAAAGUUUGUUAUAUUAUAUAUUCCCCUUUAGCAAGCCUAAAAAAAAGGUUGUGUUCAUUAGUCGUGGUUACGAAUGUUUUUUUCCCGAUUAACAUCAACAUCAAGGGCAACCUGUUCUGACAAGCUUCAUUUCUUUCCUGUUUAUAGAUGAAUGUAACAUAGUGGAGGAUGAGAAGCCGGGCAUUGAGGCUAACAAAAAGACCAACAAAGAGAGCAGUGGAAUGAAUCAGAUGGAUAAUGCCGCAGCAGGACUAAAAAAUGCCAACGAUAAUGAUUCAAAUAGAGAUCAGGCUAAAGUGACUGUCAAUAGGCAAUCUUUUAAAGUCGCAAACAUUCCAUAUCCAGUGAUGAGUAAAAUCUGCCUUAAACUUAAUAUAAAAGAUAAUUUUUCUUUUAGAGAUUAUCGCUUACUUGGAGAGAAAAUGGGAAUUGCUAAGGAUAUAAUAAAAAAUUUAGAACAGUUAGAAAAUCCUACCUAUCGUCUUCUUAAACAUUGGUCUAUUGAGCCUGAGGCAACUGUAGAGAGGCUGAUAAAGUUUCUUAGGGAGGAUGAUAUGGCUAGAAAUGAUGUUGCAACUAUUCUUGAAGAAUGGUUGGAAAAACAGAUUUCAAAUAAGUGAGGUAUUGACAAUUUUUACUAUUUUUGAAUCCAGU